GGCAAGUCGCUAUAUUUUUGGAAAGUGGAAUAUUUUACAUAGUUUUUUUACCUAAUAUAAUGAAUAAUGGCGAGUGACAUCGAAAAGGGUGAUUUUGGCGAUAGCGCCAGACAUAAAUCCAGCUACGAUUUAUCACAGAAGAAUUCUAACCAUGUCUUCGACGGAGCUGGUGAGAACAUUCAGUACCACAGCGAUUCAGAGUCUGUGGCAUCCAAACGUAGUAAAACGCGUUACAUAAAUCCGGCUAUUUACAUCGAGACUGUAGAGGCAUCUCAUUCUGUGACGUCACUGCAAACGGAUUCAUCCUGCGUCGAUGACGUCACUCCCCACCCUCAUAGCUCGUAUAGGAGCAACUCUACGCCGUUUUUGACGGGGCGGCUGUCGAGUGCGUCCUCUAGCAGUAUUAAAAGAAAGUCAUGUCGGCUUACACAAGAUAUUGGGAAAGAUAUAGAGGAGGAAACGCCAAGAUUCGAUCGGACGUACAGAGAUGGGGAUGGAGCUGAUACUUUCAGGCUGUCAGUUGCGUCUUUAUCGACGACUACAACAGCUAAGGAGGAACGGGAGCAGAAUGAAAAGAAGAAGCAGGAAGCGUUUAGGCAGUGGGUUGAACGAAAAGAGCAGGAGAAACGAGAGAAAUUACGUCUCGAGAAAUUAAAGAAUCAAACAGCACCGACUACAACGCCUGAACAACGCGAAGAGUCUUAUAAAAAAUGGUUAGAACGAAAGCGGAUUCAAGUUGAGCGACAAAAGGCCGAGGCGAUAAUGCGUAAGUUUCGUGAAAGCGAACGCGUUGAAGAAGAACGCAAUCGGCGACAGCGUGAUAAGGAAGAGAAAUUUGCUGCAUGGGUAAGAAGAAAGGAAGAAGAAAUGAAAUCAAUGAAAACUAAAGCAGAGCGUCGAGCCGCUCGGGCGUCUAUAGAAGAGCAGCGUCGGCGAGUACAAGGCGAAAGAGCUUACAGAGAUUGGCUACGUACCAGCAAGAACAAACCGUUGCCUGUUCCACUUAACCAGGGAGAACUAAGUAUGAGAGGAUCUGUUUCGCAAAUGUACAUAAAUCCAAUUCCUUGGCAGUCACCUACUUAAUUUAGUAACAUUUUAAUAUUAAAUUAGUAUAAUGUUUUGUAUCGUGGAGAAUUUUUGAAAUCAUUAAAUUUUCGGAAUUGU